AUGCUCAUUUUUGACUCAGAGUCUAAGGCAACGUGCUCUGUAGACAUCUUCUCCGGGCUGUCCAUAAGGUCGGUCAGACACACUGGAGACGACUGGAGACGACUGGAGACAUGGAUUGACUUGUUCACCAGCAGUCUGUACCAAAGCGUGACCCCCCAGAUCCGCAGACCCGCAGCACCGCAUGAUACAGACAAGGUCUUCCUGGCCACAACGAGAAUUGUGAAUGGGCCCCUCAAAAUGAAGGUACACACGGUUCGGAAUAAGCUUAUGUGCGGCUCAUUGACAGGCGUCUUCGGCUAUCAAGGGGGAGAAGCUCCGUUGCUCCAUGUCAUCAACGUAGCGCAGCAUCCUCAUGACAGUCUAGAGAAGAUUUGGCUUUGA